UAUCACAAUAUUUGCCUCUAUUCUUCAUUCAUUACACGGUCUUCCAACAACUGAUGUUUUUUCGAUAUCGAUUAAAAAUAAAAAAUAUGGAACAGGUUCAUUAUUUGAUUUACCAAGUAUACCAAAUGUACCAAUUGAUGAUGAUAACGAGAGUAUAAAUUUGGAAGAUUUUGGGUGGAAAUUAGGAGCAAUUGUAAUGUUGGUGCUAUUAGGUGGAAUCUUCGCUGGUCUUACAAUUGGACUUAUGGGUUUGGAUGAGACUAAUUUACAAGUAUUGAUGGUAGCAGGGGAGCAUAAUGAAAGAAGACACGCUAAAAAAGUAUUGGACCUUUUACAAAAAGGAAAGCAUUGGGUGUUGGUUACUUUAUUGCUUUCAAAUGUUAUUGUCAAUGAAACUUUGCCGAUCAUCUUUGAUUCUGUAUUUGGUGGCGGAUGGCCUGCCGUGUUGAUUUCUACUGCACUGAUUGUUAUGUUCGGAGAAAUUAUCCCACAAGCUAUAUGCGUGCGUCAUGGAUUAGCAAUUGGGGCCGAUUUUUCGUGGUUCGUCUUAUUUUUGAUGUAUGUUUUGUUCCCAGUAGCGUAUCCUAUUGCUGGUAUCUUGGACUUUUGUCUUGGCGAGCAACAUGGCACUAUGUAUCGGAAGUCAGGAAUUGAAAGUUUAAAUGAAGACGAAGUUCAAAUUAUUGGUGCAGUAUUGGAUCUUCGUGAAAAACCUGUAUCAGCAAUAAUGACACCUCUUGAAGAUGUUUUUACAUUAAGCGCGGAUAAAGUUUUGAACGAACAAGCUGUAGAUGAGAUUCUUUCGCGAGGUUAUUCUCGAAUUCCUGUAUAUGAACCACCUAAUCCAACUAAUUUCAUAGGCAUGCUUCUUGUUAAAAAAUUGAUUACUUAUGACCCUGAAGAUGCUUGGUCGGUCAGAGAUUUUCAACUAAGUUCAUUACCUGAAACUAAUCCAUAUACUAGUAGUUUAGACAUUUUGAAAUUUUUCCAAGAAGGCAGAAGUCAUAUGGCACUUGUCUCGGAAGAUCCAGGUGGUAAUGAAGGUGGUGCACUUGGUGUUGUAACACUUGAAGAUGUUAUUGAAGAAUUAAUUGGAGAGGAAAUUAUCGAUGAGACGGAUGUUUAUGUAGACGUACGUAAUAAAAUCAAAGUUGUACGCCGCCCACCGCGUCAAAUACGACCUAGAUUAUAUUAUUCAUUCCUUUCAAAACGUAGUAAUCAUGAUGAAAUCGAAGAAAGGCCAGAAUCAACAAAACCUCUUAUAAACACAAAUUAUAAGUCUACAGAUGAUGAUCAUGAAUUAGUUGGAUUUACAAAUGGAAUUAAUACUAAUAAAAAGGAGCCUUAG